AUGGCCAAACAAAGAGGAAGAAGAAGCCAGGCCGCCGCUUAUAGAGAACGUACUGCGGACGGCGAGCAGGAGAACUCUCACUUUGAUCAAACUGCCGAUGCGCAAGAUGCAAUUGAUGACGAGUCUGCUGACACCAAAUCUAAGGAUUUCCCAACGGUAUUCUAUGGUCUCGUGGACUCUGAAGAAAUUGAGUAUUUUAAGCAAGCAGAGUCUAACUUGAAUACCAACGCUUUUGAAUCUGACGAGGAAAGAGCUGGCUUCAUUCGCUCGAUCCUUGAAGAAGCUAGAGGAAAGGAACUCAAACUUGUCACCAAUCAAAUCUGCUCUAAACUUAUGGAAAGAUUGGUUCUUUUCGCUAGCGGACGUCAACUCAAACACAUUUUCCACCAGUUCUCGAACCACUUUGCUGCUUUGGCACACCACAAGUACUCUUCUCAUGUUCUUGAAACGCUUUUGGUUAGAAGCGCCGCAUACAUCGAAAAAGAGCUUGCAAGCGAUUAUCAAGUUGAAGAGGAGGAGGACGACAACAUCGAGGACCAAGCAAUUGCUUCUACUACGAUGGAGGGUAUGUUCAUUAAGAUGCUCGGUGAGUUCUCUUCUCACUGGUAUGCCAUGAUGCUGCAUCAAUACGCCUCCCAUGUGAUGAGAUUGGUUAUCCUCAUUCUCGCUGCAAAAGAAUUGCCAUCCUCAACAAUGGCAAACUCCACUUUAAGAUCCAAGAAAUCGAAGGUGGCUCGUAAAAUGAUCGAGAUUAAAGAUAACGAGGACUUCAACCGGGCCUUCCAAACACCACCUUCCUUUAAAGAAGAGCUCAAAAACGUUAUCAUGGAAAUUAGCUCUAAACUCGAUACUGAGACUGCCCGCUCUCUAGCAAUUCACAAGGUUGCCUCUCCAGUACUCCAACUUAUCAUUAAGGUCGAAGGUAUCUUCGAUAGAGAGCGUGCUGUGUGGCAUCUUCUCUUCAUGCCCGAAAAGGAAGGUAAGAACCCUAAAGAGGAAGCCUUCGUCGAAUACCUUCUAUCCGACAGUGUCGGUUCUCAUUUCCUUGAGGCCCUCAUCAAGAAUGAUGGUGCCCGUAUGAAAUACAUUGAGAGAUUGUACAAACUAUAUAUGAAAGACAGGGUCUUGAAAUUGGCCAAGCGGUCGACCACUGGUGUCUACAUCAUCCAAGCAUUGCUUCUCAAAUUGAAGGCUGGUGAAGUUGAGUACAUCUUGGAUCAAAUCAUUCCUGAGAUGUCUAAACUUAUCUCUAUUGCUGACAACCAAAACAUCGAUUUGGGUAAAUCGAUCAUCGAAGCUUCGGUCUCUAGAUUCAACUACGGCAAAGAUGAGCUUGUAAAACAGUUUUUUGCCAAGUUCGCACCAAAUUACAACGCCGAAGAGCCUGAUGACACCACUACAGAACUCUUUGAGAAUGUCCUUCAAUUGACCGGUUCAACUUUGGGCAACACAAGAGAUGACUGGCCAACAGCAGAGGAGAGAAGAAGAGCUUUAUUCCUCGAAAAGCUCAUGGAGUAUGACUACUCCUUUGUUGUUUGUUCUUGGUAUAAUUGUAUGGCAAUGUCCUCCGAGAAAUUCAUGCAGAUGUGCUUCCAUGGUGUCUUCUGCCAUGUUAUCGAGAGUGCGUUGAUUGUGCAACCCGCUUCUGUCGGAGAGUCCAAGGCGGACAAUAUUUCUAGAAAGAAAUUCCUUAACAUUUUCAUGGGCCACAUCGCUGACUUGGCCUGCAAUGCCUAUGGAUCUCAUAUCGUGGACAAAUUGUGGACAUUUACAGUACUUUUGCCCAUGUACAAGGACAGAAUUGGUUCUGAACUCAUGGCUGACUCUCACAAGGUGAAGGAGAGUACGUACGGUAAGUUGGUCUGGAGAAAUUGGUCAAUGGAGUUAUUUGUCAGAAAGAAGUUUGACUGGAAAUCUCUUGUAAAGACACAACAACAAGAGUACUAUGGUGAGAACGAAGAGAACAAUGAAAUAGAGAAGAAAAAGACUCCAAUUCAACUCAAAAUGGAGGAGAUCUUCAAAAAGAAGCAGAAGGAGGAGCAAAAUCAGCAAAACUUCAAGAGACCUAAUGAAGACUACAACAACUCUUACAACAAGAGAAACAAAGUCCGUGGACGUAAUCGUUAA